AUAUGAGAAGAAAUAGGUAUGAUCAAUAAUUUAAACAAUGCGCGUAACAAUUUUAACUGUAAGUGACACUAAAAAAAAAGCAAUAUUUAGUAGAUAAAAUUUAAUUGCAUAAUGACACAUUUAUUGAUGAUAAAAAUGAGCAGUGUAAGAGGUAUUUAAAGUUUGUGAAUCAAUGAACAUAUGUGGAGACUUGAACAAAUUGAAUCACAAUGACGACUAUAAAAAAAAUGAAUCAACAAGUAAUAAUCAGCAGCACCAGAAUGGAGGAGCUGAUGAUAAAAGACAGGAUUUACCACUUUCUACGGAUGUCAUUCAGCUUAAUACACGUUGUGUGCAGCCUAGAAUUUAUAAAAUUGUUGUACUUGGGGAUGGAGGCGUUGGAAAAUCAGCUGUCACACUUCAAUUUGUAACCCACAGUUUUCUUGAGUAUCAUGAUCCAACUAUUGAGGACUCAUACAGACAACAAGCAGUUAUUGACGGUGAGGCAGCUCUUUUAGAUAUUUUAGAUACUGCUGGACAGAUUGAAUUUACAGCUAUGAGGGAUCAAUAUAUGAGAUGUGGUGAAGGUUUUAUGAUAUGUUAUUCAGUAACAGAUAGACAUAGUUUCCAAGAAGUACCUGAAUAUCGUAAAUUAAUAUCACGUGUACGUGUUAAUGAAGAAUAUAUUCCUUUAGUAUUGGUUGGUAAUAAAUUUGAUUUACAAUCACAACGCAAGGUAACAACUGAAGAAGGUAAAGUAUUAGCAAAUCAAUUGGGAUGUCCAUUUUUUGAGACAUCCGCUGCACUUCGACAAUUUAUAGACGAUGCUUUUUAUUCUCUCGUAAUACAAAUACGCUUAAAAGAGCGUAAUCAAGACAAUGACAGUACAACGCGUGCACAAAAGAAACAUUCGUCGUCACACAGCCGAUGGAGGAGACUGCGUUCCAUUUUUGCUUUCAUUUUCCGUAGGAAAAAUAGAAAUAUACAAAAACCAUAAAAAAGCAUUUAAUUUUAUUUUACUUAUCUCAAAUGAUAUUCAUUUCCUAAGCUUGUGAUUUACUUUACACACUUUGACUGUAUACCUAGAUAGUUUUUAAUCGUUUUAUUAUAAAAUAAUUUGUUUGAUA